AUGGGUAUCGGUUUGGGUAUUUAUAUGGGUAGGUGUGAAUACGGGCAUGGGUACAGUACAAGAAGAACAGGUGCGAGUAUGGGUUUGCGUGUAGGUAUAAGUUUGGAUAUAGGCGUGGGUAUGAAUAUGGGUAUGGGUAUAGGUAUUAAUAUAG